GACUUCCUGUUGCAUAGCUUGAUUGAGAAGAAGCGCUUCCGGCGGUCUUAGAUCACUAAUCAACAAACCAACUUUCGGGGCUUGACGUGAUCCUUGCCUCAGGCCUCUCGGGGUCCAGACAGCCGCCCAGCCCGCUCUGCGACGCAGCAGUGAAUAGUGUGGUACCUCCUUGUCUCGGUUCAGGUCCAGACCUCCCCGUCUUCCGGCUGCCCUGAACAUCAGGCGACCUCAGGACCCUGUGAUCGGCGCCUGCGCCGGCCGACCGGGACCGAGGAAACCCCUGGAGGGACUUGGGCAUUCCUUGGGCUCCGUGCGUGUUCUUCGUGCUCCUUUCGGUAAAGGCAAGGAUCUCACAUUAUCAGUCUUUGACCCACACAGAAUGCCUGGCAUUUGAUAAAUGUUUGUUGAACUUGAAGAGACAUAUGGACAAUGAAUCUGCAAAGAUACUGGGGAGAGAUACCAAUAUCAUCAAGCCAGACCAACAGAAGUUCCUUCGAUUUGCUCCCACGGGAGUUCCGUCUGGUGGAAGUCCAUGACCCACCCCUGCACCAACCCUCAGCCAACAAGCCGAAGCCUCCCACUAUGCUGGACAUCCCCUCAGAGCCAUGUAGUCUUACCAUCCAUACGAUUCAGUUGAUUCAGCACAACCGACGUCUUCGCAACCUUAUUGCCACAGCUCAGGCCCAGAAUCAGCAGCAGACAGAAGGUGUAAAAACUGAAGAGAGUGAACCUCUUCCCUCGUGCCCUGGGUCACCUCCUCUCCCUGAUGACCUCCUGCCUUUAGAUUGUAAGAAUCCCAAUGCACCAUUCCAGAUCCGGCACAGUGACCCAGAGAGUGACUUUUAUCGUGGAAAAGGGGAACCUGUGACUGAACUCAGCUGGCACUCCUGUCGGCAGCUCCUCUACCAGGCAGUGGCUACAAUCCUGGCCCACGCGGGCUUUGACUGUGCUAAUGAGAGUGUCCUGGAGACCCUAACUGAUGUGGCACAUGAGUAUUGCCUUAAGUUUACCAAGCUGCUGCGUUUUGCUGUGGACCGGGAGGCCCGGCUGGGACAGACUCCUUUUCCUGAUGUGAUGGAGCAGGUAUUCCAUGAAGUGGGUAUUGGCAGUGUGCUCUCCCUCCAGAAGUUCUGGCAGCACCGCAUCAAGGACUAUCACAGUUACAUGCUACAGAUUAGUAAGCAACUCUCUGAAGAAUAUGAAAGGAUUGUCAAUCCUGAGAAGGCCACAGAGGACGCUAAACCUGUGAAGAUCAAGGAGGAACCUGUGAGCGACAUCACCUUUCCUGUCAGUGAGGAGCUGGAGGCUGAUCUUGCUUCUGGAGACCAGUCACUGCCUAUGGGAGUGCUUGGGGCUCAGAGUGAACGCUUCCCAUCUAACCUGGAGGUUGAAGCUUCACCACAAGCUUCAAGUGCAGAGGUAAAUGCUUCUCCUCUUUGGAAUCUGGCCCAUGUGAAAAUGGAGCCUCAAGAGACUGAAGAAGGCAAUGUCUCUGGGCAUGGUGUGCUGGGCAGCGAUGUCUUCGAGGAGCCCAUGUCAGGCAUGAGCGAAGCUGGGAUUCCUCAGAGCCCUGAUGACUCAGAUAGCAGCUAUGGUUCCCACUCCACUGACAGCCUCAUGGGGUCCUCCCCUGUUUUCAAUCAGCGCUGCAAGAAGAGGAUGAGGAAAAUAUAAAAGGAAAAGAGGGAAAUUUUUUGUCCAGCCCUACUAGACCCAACAGAAAAGGUCUUUGUAUUAGAAUCUGUUUCCAUAAAAAUUGAUUUGACUCCUGUUCUUAAA